AACUUGUGCCACGUACACUAACUGUGAUAAUUAAAAAGGGAGAGCGGAGUAAAAACCAAAACCUGGAAACACUUCAGCCUGUGAAACAUUCUAGGGCUCAAGCAGGAAAUGAAGGGGCCCAGGCCCAUCCGGCAGCGUCUUGGGCUCUCGGCGAGACGGCGAGUCGGCGACGGCCGAGGCACCGCAGCAGAUGCGCGAGAGACCGCGGAGGCGACUCCCUAGUCCCUACGGAGGCUCAACGAGUCAACGGGGCAUGAAUGGCGAGGCUCCGGGACCGGCUGCUCGGAAGUCGGCGGAGGAGGCGAACCCCGCAAGUCAGGCCGGUAAGGGUAAUCACGGGCCAACAACAACUAACUCAACGGCACAAAUAAAGGGUCAUUUCGGAUCCAGGAACCACAAACCAAAUGAAAAUCUGGAGAUGGAAAUCUUUGAAAAGGUGGAAGUUAAAUGUAUGACAAAGUUACCACACGCAAUUGUUGAAAAUGAAACACCAAGUCCUGCAAGGACCGGCCAAUCACAUGAUCCUCUGGAAAUAUGCUUAGAUCCAAGAAACAUAUCUUCAAAUAGUGAGAUCCAAGAGAACCGCGCACCCUCUCCCACUCCAUUUUAGAGAUUGGUUUGGUUGCUAAUAGGCUAGCAAUAUUAACUAUAGCUAGUGGUAAGCCAUGACAUUUCUUUAGUAUAUCAUCAGUAACUUCUUUCAAUUCAAGAGAGAGGUCGUCUUCAUUGUCAAAUAUCCUUUUCAAUAACAAGCUUUUUGAGUCAUUACUAUCAAGGGGCAUCAUAGGGUAAACAUAUUCAUUUUGUGGAAAGCUGCAAUAUUUAGCAACAUCUUCAAUUCGUGUAGUCGUCAUUAUUUUACUUGAAUUAUUGUUGUGUGGGAAAGCA